GGUCUUUUUACCGUCUACCGUCCCGGCAGUGGGUCGCACUACAAGUUCUGCCAACACCUCCAGCACAAGGCCCAGUCAAUGGGCGUUUGGGUGCACCUGGUGUCUGAACACCAGACCACCAUCACCUGCGGCCAGUGCUUCCACAUUGAGGCCGCCAUGUGCAAGAACCUGACCAAGUGGUUCGAGUGCCGUUGGUGCGGCUACACCAUCGACCGUGACGCCAACGCCGCGCGAAACGUCGCCAUCAUGAAUGCAGAACGCUGCGUGGGCAAACUUGAGCCCUACGCUAUAGUGGCCGCCGCCAGCAACAAAGACUAG